AUAUUGGGGUCUUAACAGACGUAGGCGCUGUUUUGUUAUGUACAGCAAUUCAAAUCGAUUGUUUAUCUAACGUUUGUUUACAGUUUUACUAGCUAGCCAUCUUAUGGCUUCCACUUUACUAUCACCGAUGGUAGAUUAUUACAAUGAUGAAGAAGAACUUGAUAGUGUGGACGAGGACGAUGAUCGAAGCUUCAGGGGAAUAGACUCGGAAGAAGACACUGAAGACGCCAGUGAAACUGACCUAGCGAAACACAACGAGGAUGACUAUGUGGAAAUUAAAGAACAGAUGUACAAAGACAAGUUGGUCUCAUUGAAAAGGCAGUUGACGCAACUCCAAGAAGGAACACUUCAGGAGUACCAGAAGAGAAUGAAGAAGCUGGACCAGCAAUAUAAAGAGAGACUUCGCAAUGCUGAUCUCUUCCUCCAACUCGAGACAGAACAGGUGGAAAGGAACCACAUCAAAGAGAAAAAAGCGGCGGUGAAGGAGUUUGACGAUAAGAAGGUUGAGCUGAAGGAAAAUUUAAUUUCUGAGCUGGAGGAGAAGAAGAAGAUGAUAGAGAAUGAGAAAUUAACAAUGGAGUUGACCGGCGAUUCUAUGGAGGUGAAACCCAUCAUGACCCGGAAGUUGAGGAGGAGACCCAACGAUCCAGUCCCCAUUCCAGACAAACGAAGGAAACCUGCACCUGCUCAGUUAAACUAUUUGCUAACAGACGAACAGAUAAUGGAAGAUCUGCGAACACUGAACAAGCAGCUGAAGUCCCCCAAGCAUCCAGUGUCUCCGUCUUCUCCAGACCAUAUGCCCACCACUCCAGUAGAGGCCCCUUCACAGCGCUAUGAAGCCCGCAUCGAAGAAGGAAAGCUCUACUAUGACAAGAGAUGGACAAUGACCCAACACACCUCCAGGCUGUGUAAGGAAUAUUUGACCAAGGAGUGAUGGAGGGCAGCAUCAGAUGACGUGGCCUCCACAAUCACCCGACCUCAACCCAAUUGAGAUGGGUAGGACCGCAGAGUGGUGGAAAAGCAGCCAACAAGCUCUCAGCAUAUGUGGGUACUCCUUCAAGACUGUUGGAAAAGCAUUCCAGGUGAAGCUGAUUGUGAGAAUGCCAAGAAUGUGCAAAGCUGUCAUCAAGGCAAAGGGUGGCUACUUUGAAGAAUAUUAAACAAAUCAAAAUAUAUUUUAUAUUUAACACUUUUCUGGUUACUACAUGAUUCCAUAUGUUUUGAUGACAUCACUACUAUUCUAUAAUAUAGAAAAUAGUAAUAAUAAAGGAAAAACCCUUGAAUGAGUAGGUGUCCAAACGUUUGUCUGGUACUGUAUGACAUUCUUACCUGAAUGGACUGAUCCCUGCUCUUACCCCCUCACUUAAUGUCAGUCGAUUAAACAUUAGAGGAACUACAUUUAAAUAUUUUGCCUUUUUAAUUUAAAUGUCCGUUUUUUUAAGGACACUGCUUAGAAAUGGCUACUGACUACAAGGUAAUAUAAUGAUCAUACUUUCAUUUCCAGCAUGAGAAGUGUUUAAUUGCUACUGUUUUUUUUUUUUGGCUCAUGUAGUUUUGUUCUUGUCUUGACCCUGUCAGGUACCAUAAGGGCCAAGCCAUCUACCUGGAGUCAAAGGAGAAUACCAAGAUCAGCUGUGUCAUCAGCUCUGUGGGAACA